AUGUUGUUGCGGCCUAUUUUGCGAGGCUGCAUUGGCAAGUGGAUACUAGCUCUCUCAGAGUUUUCGCUCCAAUAUGUACCUCAGAAAGCUAUCAAGGGGCAGGCCAUCGCGGAUUUUCUCGCACAUCAUCCUAUGUUGGAGAUACCCACUUCGAAGGAAUUAGAAAUAGCAUCCACCACUGUGACCCGACCAGAUUUGGCGCGCAUCCCAGAAUACGCAGUUUGGUACCAAGCCACAGUCUACUUGCAGCCCUGGGUACUGUUCUUCGAUGGCUCAAGAACCGACACUCUGGCCGGAGCAGGGAUUGUUUUGGAAAACCCAGCCGGUGACCGUUUCUCUUAUUCCUUCCAACUAGAGUUCCAAUGCACAAAUAAUCAGGCCGAAUAUGAAGCUCUUAUUAUUGGACUCGAAGUCUUAUUGGAAAUGGGCGUACGGAACGUUCAGAUUCGCGGCGAUUCUCAGCUCGUUAUAAACCAGCUCCAGGAAAAGUAUCGAUGUGCAAGUUGGUUGCUUGUACCGUAUCUGAAUUGCGCCAUCGAGCUUCUGGACCAAUUUGACGACGUCGAUCUGGAGCACAUCCCCCGCGAGCGUAACUUUGCAGCUAAUGAUCUCGCUCAGCUGGCCACAGGCAUUACAUUGAUGUAUGGAGUGUGCGAACGCAUUUUGAAAGUUGAGCAUCGCACAUUACCUUCGUGGCUUGCAAGACCUGAUCCACCAGAUGAUCCAGUGGUCGCGGUGCUAGAACCUAUCGAUGUGGAUUGGCGAAUCCCGUUGAUUGAGUACCUCAAACAACCAGACCCAAGAGCUGACAGGAAGAUUCGCUUCCUCGCGCUAAAUUAA